UCCCCUCAGCAGCGUCGGCACACAGGGGGUUACUGAGUGGUGGGGUAAAGGACCUGUGAUGACGUCAUGCCCAUGUGACCAGACUUUCCUGUGGGAGGAGGAGCAACGCUGGGAAGCCUGCUGUUCCUUUCUCAGCUGCUGCAGACUAUUAUACCGUGUGCUGGGAUAUCAUGAAGAGGAGGAGGAGCUCAUGGAGCUUGGACACGACCCUCAGCAGUAGAACGUCUUAGACCUGCCUCUUCCUCUCCUCCUCCAUGUCACAGGCCGUCUGUGGGGAGGAGGUAAAGACAGAAGCAACAGGAAGCAUGAGGAUCAGAAGUGAGCAGAGGUGGCCAUGAGAAGACACUGAUUCUGGACGUUCUUCACUGUUGGAGGUUCCUUUAGUACAGGACUGACAGAUAAAGUCUUCUUUGUAAGAUGAUGGUCUGUUCCGUCAAUGACCGACCAAGGAUGGAGAAGGACAGAAGCCACAUGCCUGCAGAGAUAUUAGACCUCGCCCUAGAGAUCAUCUCCUUGAUAACUGGAGAGGAUUACACAGUAGUGAAGAAGUCGUCUGAUGAGUGUGUGACACCCCGUGCGUCAGGAGGACGGAGCAGGACCCAGAGCACCAUCACCGAGCCUCCACCUCAUUCACUGAUACAUGAGCAGAAGAUCCUAGAACUUACCAACAGGAUCACUGACCUGCUGAGCGGAGAGGUUCCAGUAAGGUGUCAGGAUGUCGCUGUCUAUUUCUCCAUCGAGGAGUGGGAGUAUUUAGAAGGACACAAGGAUCAGUACAAAGAUGUCAUGAUGGACAGUCACCAGACCCUCACGUCACUGGAUGGAUCCAGUCAGAGAAAUCCACCAGAGAGAUGUCCCAGUCCUCUGUAUUCCCAGGACUGUCCAGACGAGAAGCUGAAUGUCCCACUGGAUCAUCAGGACGUCUUGACGGAUAAUCACCAGAUCCUCACAUCACUGGAUGGAUCCAGUCAGAGAAAUCCACCAGAGAGAUGUCGUAGUCCUCUAUGUCCCCAGGACUGUCCAGAGGAGAAGCCGAAUGUCUUACUGGUUCAUCAGGACGUCUUGACGGAUAAUCACCAGAUCCUCACAUCACUGGAUGGAUCCAGUCAGAGAAAUCCACCAGAGAGAUGUCAUAGUCCUCUAUAUUUCCAGGACUGUCCAGAGGAGAAGCUGAAUGUCCCACUGGAUCAUCAGGACGUCUUGACGGAUAAUCACCAGCUUAUUACAUUACUGGAAGGAUCCAGUCAGAGAAAUCCACCAGAGAGAUGUCCCAGUCCUUUGUAUUCCCAGGACUGUCCAGAGGAGAAGCUGAAUGUCCCACUGGAUCAUCAGGACGUCUUGACGGAUAAUCACCAGCUCCUUACAUUAUUGGGUGUAGACAGUAUGAGAAGUUCCUAUGGACAUCUCUAUUUAUCUCCCUAUUAUGAAGUAGAGGGUAAUCCAGCACGGAUUGGCAAGAAAGAGCCUGUCCACAGACUUCUCAAAAGUUUUGAAUGUUUAGAAGCUGGAAAACAAUUCAAAACGAAAUCUCAUCUAUCCAUACAUACAAGAAUUCCAAAAGAGGAAAGAACUUUUUUAUGUUCUGAAUGUGGGAAAUCUUUUUGUUCAAAACCAGAUCUUGGAAAACAUCAAAGACUUCACAUGGGAAAGAAUCCUGAAUGUGGGAAGUGGAUGACUCAAAAAUCACAUCUUGCCGAUCAUCUAAGAACUCACACAGGGGAGAUGCCAUAUAUAUGCCCUGAAUGCGGCAAGUAUUUUAGUAGGAAAUCCAAUUUUAUAGAUCAUCUAAGAAGCCACACAGGAGAGAAGUCAUUUUUAUGUCCUGAAUGUGGGAAGUGUGUUAGUCGUAAAUCACAUUUUACGGAACAUCUAAAAAGUCACACAGGGGAGAAGCCGUUCUCAUGCUCAGAAUGUGGGAAGUGCUUUACAACUCAUUCACAUCUUUCUAGACAUCAGAGAAGCCACACUGGGGAGAAGCCAUAUUCAUGCGUUGAAUGUGGAAAAUGCUUUAUGCGUAAAGAUUAUCUUGAGAAACAUCAGAGGAGCCACACAGGGGUGAAGCCAUAUUCAUGUUCAGAAUGUGGGAAAUGUUUUUCCCAGAAAUCACAUCUUUUGAGUCAUUUACAAAUUCACACAAGGAAGAAGUUGUUUUUCAGUUAAGGAUGUUAUUGAGAGACAUCAGAGCAUUCCUACAAGAGAGAAGGCAUUUUCAGGUUCAUAUCGGUGGAAAUGUUUAUCCAGAAAUCGGGUGUUGUUGGGUAUUGGAGAACUCGCACAGGGAAACAGCCAUUUAUAAUGCUCAGAUUGUAGGAAAUGUGGCAAGUGUGGAUCUCUGUUCUGUCACCAACAAAUAUCAGUGGGCGUAGUAAGUGCAGGGUGAAUAUUAUCAUGUGGGAAGAUGUAAUGGGGUCUUCUCCCACAACUGGCUGACCUACAGACCAAUGGACAGCCACCUAGAGGUACUUAAGGCACCUUUCCAUGUGAUUUAUGUCUGUUUUCACAUGUACUGACUCCUGCCUGUUUUUCCUGCAUUUUGACCCUUCAAUGUCUGAUCUUUGCACUAACCCUGUGCUACUCCCAGUGACCUCAUACUGUUUACUGGAUUUCACUAAUAUUCCCUGCCCUGACCUCGGCCUGUUCAUGACUAAAGAUUUACUUGUUCCUUUAGUGUUCCACAUCAGUGUCUCUUGACCCCGUGGGUCAGCCAUCACUUGAACAAAGACUACUCAGAGAGGUAGCGGCCUGGUGGUUCCCUUGCAUCAGAGAAAAUAGGGGUUAAAGGGUGAACAUAAAGGGGGCCACUUAGAUAACACCUUUGGGAGUAGAACCAAGACAGAUCUGUUGAAGCUACGUAUCCCAAUGACACUGAUAUUUAUCUGAGGUCAGUGAGUGUUAGCCCAUAGUAUGGAAGACGACACCGAGGACAAAUGGACUUCAUUCUCUGAUAUCAAAUACUUGACACAAUCCAUGCUAUUCGAAAGAGCAAAUCUGUGACAACACAGGACCCAUUACAUCUGGACUAAAGGAAAUCCAGCCAGUAGAGAUGAUGUAGUUGGACCUGAGAUGAGCAACACAUUCACUAAACUCUUCCAGAAUUUCUAAUUGUUAGGCCCCAUUCACACAAACGUAUGGCCUCUUUGCCCAUGUUGUGGACCACAAACAGUCCGCAAUACACGGGCACCGUCUGUGGGCACUCCGGGCUGCAGUGAGGACCCAUUGACUUGAAUGGUUCUGUGAUCCGCAACAUAUGGUAAUAAAUACAUGUCCUAUCUUUUGCUGUAUGUUGAAGAUCGCAAACCCUUUCAUGUCAGUGGGUCCACAGUACAGAGUGCACACAGCCAGUGCCCGUGUUCUGUGGACCCGUUGUUUGCGGUCCACAACAGGUGCAUUGAGGCCAUAGGUUCCUGUGAAUGGAGCCUAAGUGUUUGGUAGCAAUACUGGAUGUUAUACACCUGUGGCAAUGGACUGAUUGACACACCUGAAUUCAAUGACCCAGUAUUUUACUACACAUAGUGUAGAGAUAGAGUUGCCUGCAUGUUGUUGGCAGACUGCUUUACGUGAUAUUUCUGUGGGUAUGAAAACCUCUUCUUGAUAUUUUUUUUUUUAUGGUAUUUUCAUAAAUAUUAUAAAAUAUAAAUUGCUCAAUUUUUAGAUGGAGACGGUGCAAGCAAAAAAAACCUCAAUAUUUAUUACCCUGAUUUUGCAGUUUACAGAAGUACCCCAUGCUGUAUGGGCACACUGUGAAGCUCAGAAGGAAGGAGC